AUGACCGCCCGAGUUUCCCAUUCCGAAUUCAAGUACACUUUCCCUGUUACUCUAGGCCAGAAAUUUGUUCUUCUCUACUUCCAUGCAGCGUCCUAUAAAGAAUACGACAGAUCCAAGGCCUUUUUCCCUGUCAAAGCUGGUUCUUUCACUUCGCUAAAAAAUUUCAGUGCUUCCCUUGUUACAAAUUCAAAGGGAAGAAAUUGGUUUCCCAGAGAAUUCUGUUUGAACGUGGAAGAUAAUGAGGUGUUGGACCUUGUUUUCACUCCAUCUCGUAGUGCUUCAAACGAUACUUAUGCUUUCAUCAAUGGAAUUGAGAUCGUGUCGAUGCCUACCAAUCUUUACUACAUACAGCCUGACUCACAAUAUGUCCCUUUCAUCGGUCAGAGAUAUCCAUUCCCUGUUGAGAAUGUCACCGCACUUGAGAUGGCGUAUCGAUUGAAUGUUGGGGGCCAAUCCCUUUCGCCCAUCGAUGAUACUGGCCUUUUCAGGCUUUGGUCCGAUGACUUUUUUUACAUGACAAAAAAUAGCUAUGUCACUGUCAACACCUCCGUGCCAAUCAACUACAUAAUGAUUCAAAGAUAUACGGCACCGGAGAUGGUUUAUCGGACUGCACGGACAAUAGGACCUAGUCUUACGUACAACGAGAAGCAUAACUUAUCAUGGAGAUUGCUCGUGGGUUCAGGAUUCAAGUAUAUGGUGAGGCUUCAUUUUUGUGAACCACAAGAUCUGAUAAACUCUCCGGGAGACCGAACAUUUAAGGUCUCUAUAAACAGUCAGACGGCUGAAGAAAAUGCUGAUGUGCUUAUGUGGACCAGACAUGGCAGAGUUCCGAUUUUUAAGGAUUAUGUCGUGUUUGUAUCAAAGGAGUACAUCACCAUAGAUUUCAUCCUAUUCAUCAUCUUAAGUGCAAAAUCCAAGAAGAGAAGCUUGCUAAUUGCUUGUGUUGGAUGUGUGGCUAGUUUGAUUACCAUAAUUUCUUUAUUGGUUUGCAUGGUUGUUCGGCGGCAAAGAAAGGGAACAAGUUGGCUUUGCUGGUGGGUAAAUCAAAACGAAGGGAAAUCCACAAGGACCUCACUGUUACCAGAUGAACUAUGCCGCUAUUUUUCACUGGAUGAGAUCAAAGCUACUACCAACAAUUUCCAUGAUGAUUUAGUUGUUGGGAAAUGUGGGUUUGGGAAAGUAUUCAAAGGUUUCAUAGAUGAAGGUGAAAAGAUAGUUGCAAUCAAGCGCCUGAAUCUAGAAUCCAGUCAAGGUAUUGGAGAGUUCUUAACAGAGAUUGAGAUGUUGUUUCAGCUCCGCCAUGUUCAUUUGGUGUCCUUAAUCAGAUACUGCAAUGAGAAACAAGAGAUGAUUCUGUUGUAUGAUUUUAUGAGUAAUGGGACUCUCUCGGAUCAUCUUUACAGUACUAGCUUUGCCUAUGAUCCUCUCAUAUGGAAGCAAAGGCUUGAGAUUUGCAAUGGAGCUGUAAUAGGAUUGAACUAUCUUCAUACAGAAGUGAGGCAUACUAUUAUCCACCGUGAUGUGAAGACAAGCAACAUUCUCCUAGAUGAUAAGUUUACUGUCAAGGUUUCAGAUUUUGGGUUGUCAAAAGAAGACCCCAAAGACGAGAUGCUCAUAACUGGGAUAAAGGGCACUUGCGGCUACAUGGACCCGGAGUAUGCUCGGGGUCAUAAAUUAACCUAA